UGCACAUGUAAGGAAGCGCACAACCUCUGUUUGUAAUAUCGCAUUCGUUUUGUUUUAGUGUGAUCGCUGGCUGGAUGUGUGCUGGAUUCAGUUCGUCAGGAUGAUGGAGAACAGAGUGUUAGAGCGCUCAGGAGAGAUUAAAGAUCCUCCACAACUCUUCACAUACUAUCAGGGCGACAUCAACACUGCGGUGGACGAGCAUUUCUUCCGCGCGCUCAACAAAGCUACCAUACCGAAAGACCUCAGCAUUAAAGCCAAAGACAGCAGCAGGACUCCCAGAUCAGAUAUCCCCUCAUCAUCUUCAUCAUCACCAUGGGCAAUGUCAUGGUCUAAACCCAGCACACACUCUUCCUCAAAACUGACCCCCCUCACCUCCAUGGAAACUCCAUCUCCAUCUCAGGGAGUUAUCGUGAACCCCUCGGGACUUUCAUCAUCGUCGUCCUCUUCAUCAUCUUCAUCUUCAUCACUGUGGCCCUGCGCACCCAGACAGAGCUCAUCAGCUUUUGAACUGCCUCAGAUCCUCUACCAGCAGCCGGCGAGCGGCGAGAGCAGCGCCAGCUCUUACCUCAAUCUCCUGCAGAUGGAGCGGCCCGCGGGGGGCAUCAUGAUCUCGCCCUUCUCCAAAUCAGACACCAGACCUGAAUGGAACUCCGGGGCGGCAUUUAAAGAUGUGUCUGGAAGCAGAAUCAGCCUCGAUUCAGGUUUGCCUGUCUCAGAAAUCAAUAAGGAUUUGUACUGGUAUUGAAGAAGUGAUCUCUGGCUCUGAUGAUACAUAAUAAUACAUAUUCAGCAGCACAAGACUGGCCUGUUUACAUGAUUAUGUAAGAAGUCUGUGUUUUUGGCCAUCUGUGACUCAAACAUUUUAUUCACAGUGUCAGACAUUCCUCUGAAAUGAGCACCAUUUAAUCGCUUCUUUCAGCUGUGAAUGUGUGAAUAAGCUUGUAUUGAUAAUACAUAAACAAGAAAACCUGAUUGGAAAUGACGCACUUCUCUUAGAUAUCUAAUCGCUGAGUUAGGAAGUAAAUUCUAUUUAUAUGAUUUGCAGUACGAUAUUGUUUAUCAGACUUUCUUUUGUAAGUAUUCUGUGUUUGGAAAGUUGUAUUCUACUAUUCGUAAUGCAAAAGCUAUAUUGAAUAUAGGAACUGAAGGGAAACUUUCUCCUCGAACACUUCCUCAUUCAUUACCUUGAGGCAUAAAAUAACUUUGAAACCCCAUUUUCAAGUAUGUUGACUCUUGAAAUGAGACGGAGUGGUAGAAGUCAACUGACAAAAACAAAGCAAAAAUAAAAUUCUCUGAAACUGUA